AUGUUGGUCUCGCGUGCACGUGCGCCUCAUGUUACCCAUUUUUAUUCGUACAAGUUCCAAGCAGGUGGCUAUCGCCAGAGCGAGGAGUCGUCUCAAUGGUAUAACCAAGGGAACGUUGCUAUUCGGCCGCAAGACUCGCCUCAAGUGCAAUCCUUGUUACCUCCCUCAUAUGACGACAUCUGUGAUGCGGUUUGUGUCGUUUUUACCGGUCAUAACCAGUCACCCACUCACGAGACGUUGAAAAAAAUGCAACCAAUUCUUGUUACCAAGAGCAUUGUCAAGACCCUGAUUGAUUUUUUGACAGCCAGGAAUCUGUGGUAUCAGCACAGUGAGGUUUCUAUUGGAAUCCAUCAACCCGACGGGAAAUAA